AACUCGUGCUUACUUCACAAUUGCUGUUUCCUACUUUUGAUUUCUCUUUCAGUGGCAGUCUUUCAGUGUAGUUACGAAUCUCUGUUUCCUAGGGGAGAGAACAAACAUUGAACCUGUCUAGUCCUUUUUUUAUGGCCUCAGUCAUGAUGUUUUUAGUUAAUUACCAUCGUUUGGAAGUUCCUUCAUACUCUCCUGGCUUUAAUUGUCUUUAAAAGAGAGAUUGGAGGUCUCAUGGUAAUUUGUACUCAGGUUUUAGUGGAUCCAAGUCUUAAUUAAGGAGGUUGUCUCACGCACCCAUUGUCAAUACCAAGGGAGGUGUCUAGUCUUACUCCAACUUUGAUAAGACAAUUUUUGUUGAUAUCCAUGGAAUGCCAGCCCUUUUCUGAAGAGAAAUGGAGUAGUAGAUGGGAGCAGAGGUGUGGUGGUGGAGGACUUGGAGAAAUAGGAGGAGAAACUGAGGUUUGGGUGUUAAGAAGGGGAAAGAGAGAGCAAGAAAGAGAGAAGAAAGAAAGAAAAAGAAGAAAGAAAGAAAGAAAGAAAGAAAGAAAGAAAGAAAGAAAGAAAGAAAGAAAGAAAGGCUGGUUCAACCUUGUCAAACAUCGGUAGAAGUUUCGAGGUUCUAUUCAAAUUCUAAAAAUGUGUUUGACCUAGGUCCAACCCACCUUGGGGCUUACGAUUCUGCAUUUGCUUUAUGAAGCCAAAUUUUCAGAAAAUGUCACCUUCUUCACAGCUAUUAUGGUGUCUUUUAAUGUGUUAGACAUGUGAACCUGUGAAACUAUUUUUAUAAAGUAAUUGAUGAGUGAAAACCACAUGGAGAGCUGUGUGUAGCACAUGCUUUUAAUCCCAAUAUUCAGGAGGCAGAUAAAAGUGGAUCUUUGGGUGUUAGAAGCUUUCCUAGUCUACAUAAUGAGUUCCAGGACAGCUAGGGCUACAUGAAGAAACCCUGUAUCAAAACAAAACACACACACACACACGCACGCAUACUGACUUCAGACAAUAAAUGCACAAUUUUGAUAAUAUUCAGCAACAGUAACAUAAAACCUAAAAUUCCUGUUCUGAAUGAGCAGUUGCUAUAUUUAGACUCUAUUUAAAUCAUAAAAUUAACUUGAUCCUCCAAAGGCAAUUCUUCCCUAAUUGAAUUUUUGUUUUAGUUUGCUUUCCGUAGUGUGCAGUAUUCCGUUUGCAGAUAUGUCACUUGGGUGGCCAGCUGAUUAAUCUGAUCUACGCAGCAGCAUCUGUGCAUUGGUGUAUUUCAAAAGGUAACUCCCUUUGUAGUAACAUAUACUAAUGACACAAACUGCUGCUAUUAAACAUGUAACUUUACUUUUUUAGGACAGUGAGAAAUAACUUGUAGAAAUAUGAUUUUCUGUUUUACCUACCUGAUUUUUAAAAACUUAAAAGUAUAUGUAGGAAGACAAGCUGUCUUCUAGUUUGUGUUAAUGAUUCUUCAUAUACACGGUAGUGAGUGACCUUACCAAUUAUGUGAUAUAAGGCAAUAACAAUGUUGGCAAAGAAAAAAACUACAUACAUUUUAAAUGUGAAAUUAAUUUGGAAAAUAAAAAGGUGUUUUUUGGACAUUAAGGUAUUUUGGCUUACAACUAGAACUAUAACAGUUUCCCCAAGAAGACACAGGGUGGCGCUGCAGGCUAAGGUUGUGAUUAAUAAGCAGGAAAAUACCCGGAAUUGCUCCUUGCAAUACAAAACAAAAGACCCAGGCACAAAAGAGCUUUGCCAGCACUACGGAGCUAUGGAGGGCUUUGGGCAAGGAUAUAAUGGAUUAAUGUAAGAUUAAGAGCAACGUUGUGAAGAUUCCUCUAAAGAAAAAAUUAGAGUUCAGUGUUUCAAAGCGUUUGGAGACUGCUAAAGGAUUGGAUGCAAGCAUUCACUGCCCCAUCAUGGAGAAGCUGGAGAGAAUUCACCCAAACAGGCAAGUAAUGGCUUUUAUUUUUAUGAUGGUAUUGGUUCAAGUUUGCAGUGAGGCGACAAUUCGGUACUCUGUCUUGGAGGAAACAGAAAGUGGCUCCUUUGUAGCCCAUCUGGCCAAGGAUCUGGGACUGGGAUCUGGGGAGCUGGCUGUCAGGUCUGCAAGGGUGGUGUCUGAUGAUUUCAAGCAGCGGUUGCUGCUGGAUCCUGAGACUGGAGAUUUGCUUCUGAGGGAGAAACUAGAUCGGGAAGAGCUGUGUGGCUCUGUGGACCCUUGUGUGCUGCAUUUCCAGGUGUCUCUUGAAAAGCCAGUGCAAUAUUUUCAAGGAGAACUAUUGAUCCAGGACAUAAAUGACCAUUCGCCAGAAUUCAAAGAUGGAAAAUUGCUCUUGAAAAUACCAGAAAACAGUCAGCCAGGAGCACGGUUUUCAAUGAAAUUAGCCCAGGAUUUGGAUGUAGGCAGCAAUGGGAUUCAACAAUACACAGUCAGCCCCAACUCUCAUUUUCAUGUCCUCACUCGAAAUAAUAGUGAAGGAAAGAAAUACCCAGAGUUGGUGCAGGACAGAGCCCUGGACAGAGAGGAGCAGGAAGAACUGAGCUUAACCCUCAUAGCAGUGGAUGGAGGGUCUCCUCCUAGGUCAGGUACAACCAUGGUUCGAAUCCUGAUCCUGGACAUCAAUGACAAUGCUCCUGAAUUUGUGAACACUCCCUAUGAGGUGCAGGUCCUGGAGUGUAGUCCCCCAGACUCCCCAGUCCUGACUGUCUCAGCAAGAGAUGCAGAUGCUGGCAACUUUGGGAGAGUCUCCUAUGGCUUGUUCCAGGCAUCAGAUGAAAUCCAACAAACUUUCUCAAUAAACGAAGUAACAGGAGAAAUUAGACUGAAAAGGGAGUUGGAUUUUGAAAAAAUUAAAUCUUACCGUGUAGAGGUUGAGGCCACGGACGGAGGAGGGCUUUCUGGAAAAGGCACUGUGGUGAUAGAGGUGGUGGAUGUGAACGACAACGCCCCAGAGCUGACCAUAUCCUCACUGACCAGCUCAGUCCCGGAAAAUGCUCCUGAGACCAUAAUCAGCAUCUUCAGAGUUGGAGACAGGGAUUCCGGAGAGAAUGGAAAGGUGGUCUGUUCUAUUCCAGAAGAGCUGCCAUUCAUUUUAAAAUCCACGUUCAAGAAUUUCUACACCCUGGUGACAGAGAGCCCUCUGGACAGAGAGAGCAGAGCUGACUACAACAUCACCAUCACGGUCUCCGACAUGGGCUCACCCAGGCUCACAACCCAGCACACCAUAACAGUGCAGGUGUCCGACAUCAACGACAACGCCCCCGCCUUCACCCAAUCCUCCUACACCCUGUCUGUCCGCGAGAACAACAGCCCCGCCCUGCACAUAGGCACCAUCAGAGCCACGGACUCAGACUCUGGCUCCAAUGCCCACAUCACCUACUCGCUACUGCCAUCACAUGACCCGCAGCUGGCCCUCGCCUCGUUCAUCUCCCUCAACGCGGACAAUGGGCAGCUGUUCGCACUCAGGACGCUGGACUAUGAGGUCAUGCAGAACUUCGAGUUUCGCGUGGCCGCCUCAGACCAAGGCUCCCCUGCACUCAGCAGCCAGGCGCUGGUGCGCGUGCUGGUGCUGGACGACAAUGACAAUGCGCCCUUCGUGCUCUACCCUCUGCAGAACGCCUCUGCGCCCUGCACUGAGCUGCUGCCCAGGGCGGCGGAGCCUGGCUACCUGGUCACCAAGGUGGUGGCCGUGGACUGCGACUCUGGCCAGAAUGCCUGGCUGUCAUUCCAGCUGCUCAAGGCCACGGAGCCAGGGCUGUUCAGCGUGUGGGCGCACAAUGGCGAGGUGCGCACCACCAGGCUGCUGAGUGAGCGCGAUGCCCCCAAGCACAGGCUGCUGCUGCUGGUCAGGGACAGUGGCGAUCCUCAGCGCUCUGCCAGUGUCACUCUGCAUGUGCUGCUGGUGGAUGGCUUCUCCCAGCCCUACCUGCCUCUGCCAGAGGUGGCGCGCGACCCCGCUCAGGAUGAUGAAGACAUGCUUACACUGUACCUGGUCAUUGCCUUGGCGUCUGUGUCUUCACUCUUCCUCUUGUCUGUGCUCUUGUUCGUGGGGGUGAGGCUGUGCAGGAGGACCAGAGAGGCUUCUCUGGGUGUCUGCUCUGUGCCUGAGGGACACUUUCCUGGCCACCUGGUGGAUAUCAGCGGCGCAGAAACCCUGUCCCAGAACUACCAGUAUGAGGUGUGUCUGACAGGAGACUCUGGGACUGGUGAGUUCAAAUUCCUCAAACCCGUGAUCCCCAGUCUGUUGGUUCAGGACGCUGGGAGGGAAAUUAAGGAAAGUCCCCACUACAGGGAUAGCUUUGUAUUCAGCUAAGUAUUCUAAAUUGUCCAGUAAAUCUUAAGCAAAAAUAUGACCCUUAUAUAGAUACAUGUAAUGUUGACUAGCUUUUUUUUUUUAAAGGAACUGCCUUGUGUGCAUGUCUCCAACUUCUCUCCUUUUUGCUAUUGGUAUUAGGCAUGUUUAGGAGGUCAUUAUACCUCAAUGAAGAAUGUGUUUUCCUAAUAUUUGAUGUAUAUUGUGACUGAUAUCCUUAUAACUACAAACAACUCAAGCAGUAUAAAUUUUGUUUUAAUGACUUUCAUUUUAAUGUUCAUAAGAAAAUUUGAAUUUCUGUGUAAUUGUCACACUGGUUUUAAGCUUACUCCUUUAUCUUUUAGAGGUUACAAUGCUAAUUUUUUUUAUUUACCCUUAGCUUACUUGUUUCUCCCAAAUUCAUGUCAACACAGGCUUCGCAAGAGCACUCAAUUGUGACACCUGUUGUGAGCAUCAUUAGUUAAUGUUAGCGCUUGUUUUAUUAUGUGUUUGAUAGUGUUCCAAAAAUUUAACAAAAUUGGAAAAGAAGAGAAUCUACAAUUUGUUAUCCCUUUCAUGAAAUAAAAUUGUUAAUCCACUGCUAAGCAUGAUCUUUUAAAA